GUUCCUCGCUGCCGCGGUGCACGGGCUGCCCCACGCCCGCGCGCGCACGCGAGAGGCGCCGCAACAUGGGGUUCCCGGCCAUGUGAGUGCACCCUCCCUCCCUACGCGCGCCGCCCCCGCCCCGCCCACUCCCUCGCAGCAACCACCGCCCCCAUCGCAGAGAGCCGGACGACAUCGGAGACAGCGGCCUAUUGUGGCUCUUCCUCUCCUAUGGGUACGUGCUCUACUUCGCCUCGAACCUGAUUAGUGAGGGUUCGGACCUAUUGCUGCUGGUGCCGAGCAUCGCGGGCAUUGUUGGGAGCUGCGUUUUACCAGUCCUAGGCGCCGUGCCCGACGGCGCGAUCAUGCUCUUUUCCGGAUUGGGUGAUGUCGAGGAGGCGCAGGAGAACCUGGCUGUUGGUGUGGGAGCCUUGGCUGGUAGUACGAUUAUGCUCCUCACGGUCCCGUGGGCCCUCUCAUUAUGGGCGGGUCGCGUGGAUUUAGAUGCGGAGGGCAAGGCGAAUUAUGCCCGGAAGCCCAAGUUAGGGGCCAACCGGGGCCCCACCGAAUGUGGAGUUUCUCCGGGCCCGCAGGUCAAGUCUGGAGCCAACAUCAUGGUCAUGACCCUCGUGUCGUAUGUUAUUAUUCAAGGCCCGGCCUUCUUCAUGGCCGGCGAUUCGAGGGCCGAAGUGGCCGAAAAUGAAAAGUCCUGGGCUCUGCUGGGUUUAGUUACGACGCUAGGGGGGUUCGUCUCCUACUUGUACUAUCAAGUCUCAUCUUCCCAUGCGCAAGAUGUGCAGAAGAAGAAGCAGGAGGCGGUCAUGAAGACCAUGCUGGCGUCUGGUCAAGUGUCGCUGGCCGGAGCCAUGGCUGGAUUAGUUUAUGCCACCCAGGACCCUCUCGCGGGAGGGAAUGAAGGAGGCUACGGUACGACCUCUGGCCUAGAUCAUGUGGUCAAGGCCAAGAUCAGCGAGGUCGUGCGACCCUUCUUCAAGAAGUUCGACCAGAGCGGCGACGGCCACCUCGACAAGGGUGAAAUUAAGGCAGUGUUCCACGAUUUGGGCGAGGACCCGCCGCCUGCGGCGUUGGACGCUAUUUUCGAUGAAUUAGAUCAUGACAAGAACGGCACGAUCGACUUCGAUGAAUUUGUCACUGGUAUCUGGUCGCACGUCCACCGACGGUCGCACGAGAGCGAGGGUUCGAGAGCCGUCGGCGAGGCCAUCAAGCGCUCUGGAAGCAGUGCGGACGACGACGAGGGUGAGGAGGAUGAAGAAGUCCCGGAGGACAUCCAAGAUCUCAGCCCGGCGGACCAACAGAAGGUGAUCAAGUCGAGAGCGGCCCAGAAGCUCUUCCUGGGCACGGCGUUGGUGGUGGUCUUCAGCGACCCCAUGGUCGACGUCAUGUCCGAGAUCGGCGUGCGCACGGGCGUGCCGGCCUUCUACGUGUCCUUCUUACUCGCUCCGUUGGCCUCGAACGCCUCAGAACUAUUAGCAUCGAUGUACUACGCGGGCAAGAAGACCCAGACCUCCAUCACCAUCUCCUUCGCAGCGUUAGAAGGCGCGGCCUGCAUGAACAACACGUUCUGCCUCGCGAUCUUCAUGGGCCUCGUUUACUUCAAAGGAAUUGCCUGGCAGUACACGGCCGAGACGCUGUCCAUCGUCUUCGUCCAGCUCGCCGUGGCCGUCUUCGCGCGCAAAGGCACGCUGACGCCCGUCGACGGCGCGCUCAUCCUCGCGAUCUACCCGGCCUCCGUCGUCCUCGUCGCCGGGCUGGAGGCGAUGGGCUUCGACUAGGUCGCUCCUUUCUCAGAGUAAAUUCGGUCCUAGAGUC